AUGCAGGGCAGGAGCUACACACGGCCUGUCCAGCAGGAACCGCAGGACUUCGACCCCCGACAACCACUUCCCCCACACUCGACGCGACGACCGUCUCACGACGGCGAACGGUACCGCCGGCCGUCGAGCAGUGCGAGCGAACCCGACCCGAGAGCAGAGAUGCGCAGGCAGGACAGCGGACACAGCGGGCUGAGCGUGCAGACGGGGAUGAGCGGGCGAGAUGGAGCACCUCCGAGCCCAAAGCCGCAGGACUGGGAGGCGAACGAGGAGGCCAUGUUGGAGCUCUACGGACUCUCGACGCUCGCUCCCACUCACUGGGAAGCCGGCGAGACGGCCGAUCCGGCAUCUGUCGACUCGCCCAAGGAUGGCUUCGCAGGCGCAACAGGAACGGCCAAGGUUGCGGGUGCGCCAAAGGGCGACGAGUCGGAUCCAUUGGGUCUGAUGAGGGGAGGAAUCCUUGCGAACAACCCUGACCUUCCAAGCGACUUGCGCUCCGCCGUUCUCCCGCACUCGAAGUCGUUCGACCCGAAAGUCUUCCUCUCGACUGUCCACCCGAACGCGACGUUCAAGGACCUCAACGUCGGUCGCGAAAGGCUGAAAGAGUCGCUCGAGAAGCGAUCGGGUGCUCUCAAGCUGCUUGUCGAGGCGGAGUGGGAUCGGUUUGUCGCGGUCAAGGCAGCGACAGAGACUGUAUUCGAGGAGAUGAAGGACGGCGGACCCUUGACGCCGGGCGAAGACUACGGCGUCAAGUCGAUGCGGGACACGCUCAAAGCUGCUUCCUCUCGCGCCGAGACCGUCUUCCAGCCUAUCGUCGAAGCGCGGACAAAGGCGGAACGGCUCAAGAGCACGCUCGGCGUUUUCGAGCGGUCCAAGUUCUUUUUCAACCUGCCGACGAUCUUGGGCGAGGCGGUCGAGGAGGGUCGCUACGAAGUCGCCCUUCAAGCCUACAAGAAGGGCCGAUACAUCCUCGCUUCUCGACCAGCUCAGCUCCUGGGCCUGCCCGUCCCGACGACGCCUCAGCAACAGCAGCAGCAGAAGCGGAUCUACGACAAAGUCUGGGGUCAGGUUGAGAAGAUUAUCGGCGACUUGCGCGCGACGCUCGGCAAGCGGUUGCGAGAUACGAAGCGCGGACUGGACGAGGUGGAGAAGACUAUCGAAAUCCUGCUCGAACUCGACCCUUCCGACGACCCCGUCUGGAUCUUCUUCGACACCCAACAUCGCCACAUCCUCCAGCUCCUGCGUUCCUCCGCCGACUCAAGUAUGAGCCGGAUACGAAUCGCGAUGGACCAGUUUGGUGAAGCAGAGGAGAACGACCGGAAGCAGGCGGCGGAUCUGGGGACUUGCGUCGCGAGCUUGCAGAGUCUUGACGGCGAGCGAGUACGAGAAAACGCCGCCGGCGCCGAAGUCUGGCGACUCAUCUUUGACUUCGUCCGCAACCUGAACGAGGUCAUCAUGCAGACGCUGCCGAGCUUCUGGAAGGUCGCGAAGGGCUACAUGGAGGGGAAGUACCAGAAGAAAAACACGUCGACGUCAGCCGCCUCGCGCCGCUCGCCUACCCAAUGCCGCGUAAUGACGCAGGACAUCGUCACUCUUUACGUCUCCCUUCUUUCCCAGUUCUUCACCCUCUCGUCCUCGACAUCGCCGCCCGUAACCACAAAGAGCGGACCCGACGACCUGAACGCCACUCCGCCCAUGCCGUCCUUCGUCCCGCCUGUCUCGAACGCCACGACGAACUGUCAUUGGCUUCUUCGAGUGCUGAACGAGUUGAUGGAGUGCGUCAGCGAGAUGAGUGCGCUGGAAUUAUCGGGCGAGGCGACGCAGAGCUUGAAGGAGCUCGUCGCGAGUACGCGGUGGAGGUUCGAGGAGGCGAUCUGCUCGAGUUGGGUACGAGAUGCGAAGGUCUUCUACCGCCUUGAGACAUGGCGACCAGAUCCCGACAAUCCCGCCAUGACCGCUUUCCUCCGCCAGAUCACUUCCUUCCAGCGCUUCAUGGCAAUCUCGGCCUACCGCGUCGCCGGUGGAUCCGAAGAGCGCGGCAAUGCUCUGAUGGGCUCCUCGUCGUCUUCUUCAUCCAGCAAUACGGCGUCCCGGAAUCGCCAGGACGUGACUAUCCCUACCGACUUCCAGCGCAAGAUCCAGAGCGCCUUCCUUGACGGCUUGUACGCUUUCCUCGACGGGCUCGUGCACGUCGCCUUCUCGGACCCCGAGACGAUCUAUAGCAGUCCGAGCGGGACGAAGCGGAGAGGUCUGGGUAUCGAGGCGGACGACGACACGGGCCGGCCGAAGGAGGUCGACAUCCGCAACGUGGACAUCCGUAUCCUCCUCACCGUCUCGAACCUGACGCACCUUCGCGAGACGACCAUCCCGCGCCUGAUCAACCAGUUCCAGUCCGCCUACAAAGUCGACAUGGCGUCCGACAUCCAGAUGCUCAUGGACGUCACCGAGCAGCUCGACAAGAUCCUCUUUGACGACUAUGUCAAGCGCAAGAGUGCCGAGAUUGCCAAGAUCAUCCGCAAGGGCGUGCUGGGAGGGACCGUCAACUGGUACGAGGCGGACAAGCCGACGGAGGUCCAUCCUUUCAUCUACGACGCCCUCCUCUCCCUCGUCCUCGUCCACGCUCAGGUCUCGGCGACGGCAAGACCACUCGUCUCGCGAACGCUCGGCAGUCUUGUCGAAGAAUUGGCGAACGUCGCGCUGGAGGCGUUCAGCAAGGUAGAGCGGUUCGGCAUGGGCGGGAUGUUGCAGGCCACGCUCGAGAUCGAGUUCAUGCACCAAACCCUCUCCCAGCACGUCUCGCCACUCGCCGACCAGACGCUGCAGUCGAUCUAUAAGACGAUCUCGCAGUCGUACUAUCGCCGUCCGAACAGCUCGGCGCAAGAGCUGCAGCAAGAGCUCGAGGGGCUGAAGCGGACCCUCGUUGCGUCUCGACGAGCGACAGCUCUCCAGUUCCUGUGCUUCCGACGACCGAGCAAGCAGCCUGCUGCUCCGCCCCAGACGACGAGCGGCAAGGUCAUUGACGGAGGAGGAGCAGCCCCGGAGCCGAAGACUCGACGAGGAGCGGUGGUUGGCGCGUGA